CCUCUUCUCCCUCCCUCGCGCAGCCAAGCCUCCCCUUUUCUUCCCUGCAAAACCAUCGAGCUCUCCCGCGCCACCUCGCUGCCGUCCGGCCUCCUCCGACCACCCCGGUCUGUUCUGUGACCAGCUCCGGAUGCGCCUCGGCGUCCUGGUUCUCCUGGUGUCCUCAAUUCGAGCCGGGGACGCCUCAAACCGCCGCCAUCAUCGCCGUUCUUCCUCAGCACCGGCGGCCAAAUCGUCGAUUCCGGCCGACCUCGACCUCCUCCGUCCAAACCGAGCCUGCGUGCGUGUUCCUGAUCUCCGCUGCCGGCCAUGCUCCGGUGGUCCCCCGCUACCGGCGCCGCCUUCUCUUCGUACGCGCCGACGAGGCGCGUCGAACGCGCUAACGCACGCAUCCAGGGAAGCCCCGCGUCGCCCGCUCUCUUCCUCGCCAGCCGCGGUGACCACGCCGAUGGGAACGCGCGCGGCAUCGUCCCCGCAUCGAACACCCUGUGGGCGCGCACGGACGGUUCGCCAGCUCAGCGCCAUGCUGGCAGCCAUAUCAACGCGCGGGUCCCGCUCGUCAGCCUCUCUGGCUCAGAUCCAUCCCGCAUUUGCUUCUUCCCGGAUAGGAUCACGAAGUGGUGAUGUGAGAUACGUCGAGUUCUCCGACAAGUUCUUCUGCAGCUUUUCACAGGUACGAGAUGACGACGUUAGCAAGGUUACCCUUCCGGCUUGGCCUGGGCAGGGUUAUGGAUGCCACUGGUUAUCUUCAGGACUCUUAGUCCAAUUUGUAUCUUGUCCGUACUCGGACGUAUUCGAUCUUCUGUAUGAUUUGGAUCUUUGUAUUGUAUAUUUGUAUCUUGACUCGUUGGAGUCGUUGUUGUAAUAUAUGUUUCUUGUGGGCUCUA